AUGGAAAAUAGAAUAAAUGAAUUAAAAGCAAGAGCUCAAGCUCUCUAAAAAGUGAUGGAUGAAAAAGAAGAAAUUCUAAGAAGUAUUUCAGAAAACAUAGGAAAUAUGAGCAAAGAAUUAAAUGAUUAUUAAAUUAAGUUUGAAAGUAACCAAAAACAAUUUCCUUUGCUAAAAGAUAAAUUAUAAAAGAAAGAAAAAAUUAUUGAGUAGGAAAAGCAUGAUGAGAAAAUUAUUAGCGAAAAAAUUUCUUAAAUAUAAAAAUAAAGAGUUAAGCUAAUGCAAGAUCAAUAUAAUUUACAGCAAAAAAUACAGAAAAAACCUCAAUAAGUCCAGCCUUAUAGCCAAUCUUAACAAUCUUAAGAUAUAGUGAACUCAUCAAAAAUAUAAUCUUAUUUGCCUUAAUAGAAUUAAUAACUAUAAAAAAACUCAUAAGUUCAUUAGUAAAAUGUAGUACAGACUUAGCAUAAACCACAAUAAUAGUAAAUAAAUCAAAGCACUCCCGAACAAUAAAAGGCCUAAGAAGCAAGCUAAAAAAGUGAAGUUUAAAGAAAAGAAAGCAGUAAUGAUGAAGAAGAUGAAAAAUCAGAUGAAGAUUGUGAUGAUAUCUUAAAACGUAUUAAAGCAAACUUAAAAAAUGAUGAAGAUGAGGAUGACGAUGGUGAUGAAUAAAAAGAAAAAUAAGAAAAUAAAAGUGAUAGUGAUAGUGAUAACGAAGAAGAUAAUGAUGAAGAUAAUCAAAAUUAAUAAAAUUUAGAGGACAAAAAAAAUGAAAAAUAAUAGAAUGAAGGAGAUAAGUGA